AUGGAUCUCAACUCCUCCCCACUCCCGCUCAGGCGAGCUCCUACUGUUGUUCCUGCAAGUCCAUCUGCAAAGACAAAUCUCAGAAUCGACUUCAACUACGACAGUGACGAGCUGGACGAGCUUUCAGUGGACACCGUUCCUUGUUCUCCUUAUUUUACUCAGCCGACUCAGAUUGUCACUCAACCAACUCAGAUUGUGAAUCGCAUCUCAUUGCGUCCUCCUGAGUCACCUGUCACUAUCACCUCAUCUUCACCCAGGUCGGUGGUCGAAGUCCCUGCCUCUUCACCUUUUCGAACCCCGAAACCAAAAUUCACCUCUGGUAGGCUGGCUUCUGCUCUGGCACCAGCUGGAACCGCCUACAGGGCCCCAAUGGCGCCCCCAACUCGGAGCUCGCGCAAGCGAGCCUUCAAUCAAUGCUCCAGUGACACUGAGGCCGACAAGCCGCGUGCCCUCUCUGUCGAAGAAAGCUCUGACGAUGGCCUCCCACCCCGUGGCGACAUCAAGCCAUCAUCUUUCAACAAGCGAAGCAAGCCCAAUUCCAACUCGAUCACCUCGUACUUUAAGAGCUCCGAGGACUUGUCUGCCAAGCCGGCGGCUUCCACCACUAAGGGCAGCAAUGUCAAGAAGGUCAGCAAUGGCCUGGUCGAGAUGCUCGGCCGCAGACUGCAGAAGAAGUUCGACUGGCCUCUGGAAAAGUGCAAGGCCGCUGUUGCAGAGACAGGCAGCAUAGAUGCUGCAGAGAAGGCACUGCUGAAUGAAGGCAAUCACAAGGUCACUGCUCCUGCUAAGAACGCAGCAUACAUCCAAUCCUUUGCCUACAACCAGUCCAGCUCGCCUCCUUCCAACUCGUCGGAGGAACCAGAGGCAUCGCUUACACCCUCUCCUCCACCCAAAUCGAAGAAAGGCCGUCUCCAGAAAGGCCUCCGUCGGCGUGAGCCUUCGUCAUCUCAGACUCAGUACACCGUCGAGUCUGCAAAGAAGUCCCAACCCGCUAAGCUAAUCGACCUCACCGCUAGCGACGUUGAGGAUGUCGACGAUCAAGCCUAUAGCGACCGGGAUGCUACUCCUGAGACUCCAGACCGCGCCGAGUCCCAAGAUGGCAUGGACCCUAUUGAGGAGCGGGUUUUGAACUACCUCAACACUUGCACCGCCGAUGACAUCGUGGCCAUGUGCGGCCAGAAGAAAGACAAGGCCGAGGCCAUGAUCGCCAAGCGACCCUUCAAGAGCCGCCAAGCCGCCCGGGAUGCCUACAUCAUGAAGAAGGCCAGAGGCAAGGCGAAGAAAGUCGAGAUCGGUCUUGACAUCUAUGAUGCUGUGGAGAGCUACGUCCAGGCUCUUGACCACAUCGACAAGAUUAUUCAGAACUGUGAGACUGAGGGAGCCAACAUCAAGUCGACCACUGAGCGAUGGAACGUCGACUUCCGUGGCAAGAAGAUCAACGACACAGUUGAUGCCAACCGACUCAUGACCCCUUCAAGCACCGACGGCUCCACUCAGCUGGUUGAUCUGCCCAUCCCUAAGGAGCCUCGCUAUGUCAAGGGCCAUUGCACCAUGAAGACCUACCAAAAGUACGGCCUCAACUGGCUGGCUCUUCUCUACCAGCACAAGUUCGGAUGCAUCCUCGCCGACGACAUGGGACUGGGCAAAACCUGCCAGGUCAUCGCCCUCAUGGCCCACCUGAUCGGCACGUAUCAGGAGAGCUCUGGCGAGGCUCGCCCUUGGCCCAACCUUAUCGUUGUUCCUCCGUCAGUUCUGGCCAACUGGCGAACUGAGUUCGAGAAAUUCGCUCCCAAACUGAGGAUCACCAUGUAUUCUGGAAACCAGAGUGAGCGAUUUGAGAUUGCCACCAAGAUCCAGAAGCAUCCCGAGCGUCACCACGUCGUGUUGACCUCUUACUCGCAGCUGGGCCAAGAGGCGGAUCGCGAUGCCAUGCGCUACCUGCAGCCCAAUGUGGCCGUCUUUGACGAAGGCCACAAGAUGAAGAACAGCACCAGCAAGAUCUACAACCAGCUCUUGGGCAUCCCUGCCAAGUGGCGCCUGCUGCUCACCGGCACUCCGGUGCAGAACAACAUCAUGGAGAUGAUCUCCCUGCUGAGGUUCAUCCAACCCAAGAUCUUCGACAACCACCUUGAGCACCUCGAGGCCCUCUUCAACCAGCGCGUCUCUAUGCGUGAUGUCAGCAACGGUGCGCUUCUCCUCAGCGAGCGCGUAGCUCGUGCCCGCAGCAUUCUCGAGCCCUUCAUCUUGCAGCGACGCAAGGAGCAUGUUCUCUCUAGUCUCCCGCCCAAGACCAGCCGGGUUGUCUACUGCGAUCUCGACGAGACGCAGAAGCGAAUCUACAAGGCAUACGAGGAUCGCUUCAAGCGCGGCCCCGAGGACAAGGCUGCCGGUCGCACUGCAGCAGUGGUGGCUGAUGAUGGCCGCUCAAACGACAACAACAACGUGUGGAUGCAGUUGCGAAAGGCAGCGAUUCAUGCGCAGCUGUUCCGGAAGUUCUUCCUUGACAAGACCGUCGAGAAGAUGGCCCAGGUUGCGAUGGACAACAUCUCCCAGAAGGAGCUCCGUCAACCCAACCUCAAGCACCUCACCAACGAACUCAAGGCCUGCUCCGACUUUGAGCUGCACUUGUGGUGCCGCGAUUACGAGUGCCUCAACGAGUUCGACGUCCCUGAGGAGUCUUGGAUGCACAGCGGCAAGAUCCAGGCUCUCCUGAAGCUGAUCGAGGAUUACCGUGCGAAUGGCGAUCGGGUUCUUGUCUUCACCCGAUUCUCGACAGUCAUCAAGAUCUUCCACGAGUGCUUCGCCACGGCGGGCAUCAGCUACCUCGCGCUCGAGGGCGAGACCAGCGUCGGCGAACGCCAGGGCCUGAUCGACGAGUUCAACAGCAACGAGGACAUCUCGGUCUUUGCGCUGACCACGGGCGCCGGCGGCACGGGCAUCAACCUGACGGCGGCCAACAAGGUCAUCAUCUUCGACCAGAGCAUCAACCCGCAGGAUGACGUGCAGGCCGAGAACCGCGCGCACCGGCUCGGGCAGGAGCGCGAGGUCGAGAUCGUGCGCCUGGUCACGCGCGACUCAAUCGAGGAGCUCAUCUACAAGGCGUGCCAGAAGAAGCUGGAGCUGGCGAACCGCGUGGUCGGCUGGGAGCAGAAGGACGCCUCGACUAGCGAGGAGGUGGCCGCCCGGACGGAGAAGGAGAUCGAGAAGGAGGUGCGGGAGAUGCUGAUGGGCGGCGGUGGCGGCGACGGCGACAAGCCUAUCACGACGCCUGAUACGGACUGA